AUGUACUUCUCAACAACAGCUAUCGUUUCGGCCAUCUUCGGCUUCGCCGCCGCUCAAGGAGGAAUGCUCAGAAUGCACGUUAUCCAGGUCGGCGGACCCAAUGGCUCUUUGGCCUUUUACCCAAACAAUGUCGCGGCUCAGCCAGGCGACAUGGUCCAAUUCCAGUUCCACCCAAAGAACCAUUCCGUCGUCCAAUCCACCUUCGAUAACCCUUGCAUACCCAUCCAAAACGUCAUGCCCAACAAGACCGACGCCUUCUUCUCUGGUUUCAUGCCCACCAACGCUUCCUUCACCGCAACAAACCAGGUUCUGACUUACACUAUUCGCGUUCCCGACACGAGGCCCAUCUGGUUCUACUGUUCUCAGGGCCAGCAUUGCCAGAAUGGUAUGGUUGGAGCCAUCAACGCGCCCGCAGCCGGUAACAGGACCAUGCAAGCAUUCACUGCCCUUGCCGCUCAAGCAUCGGAGAACCUGUCUCCUGGCCAACCUGCUGGAUCCGGUGGCAUCACUGGCAACACACCCACCUCACCAUCUGCUGGAAACGGCGCCAACUCUGGCAAUGGACAAGGAGGUGCUGCUGGUGGAAACGGUGCCGGUGCUGGUGCCGGUGCUGGUGCCGGAAGCGGAACCGGUGCCUCACCUCCCCAGACUACUACCAGCAACGCUUCUGGUCUCGGCUCACAAUCCUUCAUCAGUGUUGCUGCUGCUUUUGUUGCCAUUGCCUUUGCUUCAUUGUAA